AUGCCGUUGUUGGAUUAUUCGCCAUUACAAGAGACGCAGCGCAUCUUUGACCUGCUGUGCGGGUUGAAGGACUCGCUCUCUUUACCGCCGGACCUGGAAACAAAUGCCAAAGAUCUAGCGUUUACCUCGGAAAAGGACACUGUUUACUUCCCAAUUCCCCUCAAAGAGACAGAAACCGCAGCAGCGCUAAAGGGCAUUGAGGCCCUCGUGGCAAACACCGACUUGCUUGAGGCGCAAUCCAAUCCAUACCGCCGGAUGUCCGCGAACCUCUAUGCGACGAAGACCCCGGGUGCGUAUUAUCAUAUCCAUGGCUCUCUGGAGGCAACAAAGACAUUGGGAAUGAUUGGGCUCCCGCCGUACAGGCCGGAUUUGAAGACAAUAGACGACAUAGCUGAAGAAAUCGAGUGCCACGUGAAACAGUUUACCAUCGAGGAGUUGGAGCAGAAGAACAAGGAGCUUGGGCAGGCGGGCGUGAUCGCGCUGAAAUAUGAUGAUUUCAUCCAAACACCGCAUGGCAAAGCAAAUGUGGGCAAGGCACCAUGGACUCUCACGAGUUUGGAGAACAGCACUCCGCCAGCCCCCCUCCCCACAGAUCCUGCUGGCACAAAACCCCGUGUAUUACAAGGGAUCAAGGUCCUGGAACUCUGCCGUGUCAUCGCCGGCCCCGUCAUGGGGAGGAUCUUAGCAGAGUACGGAGCAGAGGUGCUCAAAGUCACAGGCCCCAACCUUCCCGAUGUUCCUUUUUUCCAAGUAGACGUGAAUAUGGGAAAGCGUACCACAGAUAUCGACCUCAAGACGGAUGAAGGACGAGCGCAGUUUGACAAAUUGCUGGCGGAGGCCGAUAUCAUCCUUGAUGGAUAUCGGCCGGGAACUUUCGAUAAACUUGGAUACGGAGCUGAAGCUCUUUCACGACUUGCCGUCCAGCGUGGCAAGGGCUAUGUAUAUGUGAAUGAAAACUGCUUUGGAUAUGAAGGGGAGUGGGCGUAUAGGCCCGGAUGGCAGCAGAUCGCGGAUUGUGUGAGCGGUGUAGCGUGGGCGCAAGGCAAGUUUAUGGGUUUGAACGAGCCAGUCGUUCCUCCAUUUCCCAUCUCCGAUUACGGGACUGGCGCCAUGGGAGCUAUUGCGGCAUUGACCGGACUUUACCAUCGCGCGACAAAGGGCGGUUCAUGGCAUGGACGUUCGUCGCUGAUGCAAUAUGACCUUCUUCUUUUCACUGCUGGCCAAUAUGAUGAGAAGAUUCAGGAUGAGCUGCGAUCCCGGCAAGACGAGGCGUUCUUCGCUUUGCGCCAUCAGCACAGCGUGGACCAGAUCUCGGGGACCGUCAUAAAGACUAUGAGAAAGCAAUAUCCUCAUUUGUUCGAGUAUUAUCGCGAGGAUUGGCAUUCAAAGGGCUUCAAUGCCGAUGUGUCGAUUAUCACUCCGGUGGCCGAGAUCGAGGGUGUUGAAGUCAGCUUCCAAAGGGCCAGUGCGCCAAAUGGGACUCAUGAGCCAGAGUGGUCGUUCCAUAAGAACGAAGAUGUCAAGUUGGGUUAA